CCUUAGCUUGGGUCAUUUUCACGAGCAGACUGUCCGAACCCAGGCACAGACCUAUUCUCCACCUGUUCUAAUGACAAACAGGAGGAUGAUGGUGACUGGAAGGGAAUUUUGAUCAUUGUUUUCUGCUUUUUAACUCUUUUCCUGGGAUUAUACGGCAAUUCCUGGGAGUGCAUGGGAUUUCCUGGGAAAAACUCCUGGUUCCUGCAUAUCACAGCCAAAGAUGAGUCACCGAUGGUUGGUUAAUUCCUGGUGCUGAUGAAGUGUUUGCCAUGGAAGGGGCCUCCGCUGUGUUACCAUGCAAUUUUACCAACAUAGUCACUGCCCACAUGCUCUCUUACACUGCAAUAUGGAGCAAAGAUGACCUACGGGGUUACAAUGCCAUUGUUAAAUGUACAUACCUCAGUCACAGAGACCCCUGGUGCAAUGAAUCGAUUCAAGAGGCCGGAGGGGGUCGGCACAGAUUGGUCGGGAACCUCGGUCAAAAGGAUGCCUCGAUAAUGGUGGAACGUCUGAUGAAGAAUGACAGUGGCCAGUAUCGGUGUAACAUUCUGCAAACCACUGGAAUCCCUCUAUCAUUCAAGGUUACACAGCUGCAUGUCAGAGCUCCUGGCAGGAGUGUCUCAGUGGUAACCAGGUCUGAGGGAGCUUCAGCUAUGUUACCCUGUGUGUUCACACGGCCUCCGCUCAACCACAUUCUACACACGGUGACAUGGGUGAGGAAGGAUCCCUACCGACACAUCGUCACCUUCAGACACCAUAGAAAUGGGUCCUGGACAGCGGAAAACGGAGAAACUCGGUACGAGCUCGUCGGGGACCCAAAGCAGGGAAACGCCUCGACCAGGAUCAAGCAGCUGAGUGCGGAGGACAGUGACGGGUACCUGUGUCUGGUGUUCAGGGACCAGGUUAAUGACGGAACUACAUUACCCACAUUCACCCUCCUCUUCCAGAGUGAGAUCCGUCUGCUGGUCAGAUCCGAGGUGCUCCCCAUUGUAGUGUUGUGCAUCCCACUUGGAUUGAAAACGAUUGUCCUUUUAGUGAUGUGCAUCAUUUUAUGCAGGAGCAAACCAAGAAAUAAUCCAGACCGAUCCACUGCUGGAGGCUGAGAACCCGUGUUUUCAUCCACACGCAACCCUGCCCUAACCUCUCCGCACUGAACCCAUUUGCCGAUCUGAGCUGUAAUUAUUUGCUGUGUGGGGACUUGUCCCAAGUGCAAAUAUUGUCCUGUUAAUCAGCUGUUCAGCACAGGCUGUGUCCCACACAGGAAGUGUGUUCUCUCCCUGUAAAAGUCUUCAUAAACACCCAGGGUGAGAAAUCUGGGCACAUCGAUUUUGGGUGGGCCAGGGGAAGACUAGCAAGGAGAGGGGGAGGUGAAGGUGGAGGGAAGAGGGGAAGAGGGCAAGAGGGCAGAGGGGGUGUGGGGAAGGAUCAGGAGAGGGGGGAGAGAAAGGGUUGCAGGCAGACAUAAUCAUGUGCACAACCACAAUUGUGAAUGCAGAAGGAUAUAUUAUUGCAAAAAUAUACACCCUUCACACAGUGUGCAUCCACAAACUCGUACACACUUAUUGCACAGAAUUACACACAUAGUUAUCCAAAUGCAUACACAAAUGGUUGUAUCUGUACACACAGAAAAGACACAUAAAAAUGCAUGCAUACAUAUGCACACAUUGCACAUACAUACAAGUGCAUGCAUGUGCACAUGCACAUACACAAAUGCCUGCAUUUGUACGCACAUAUGUGAACAUACAAAAUCAUGCAUACAUGCAUAAACACAUACAUGUGCACACAUGGACUCACACAACUGUACGGACAUACAAACACACACACACAUAUACACGCAUGUGCUUGCACACUGACAUGAUUAAUAGUAAGGUUACAGGGUGAAAUUGUAGGUCAGAGAGCUGGGUAACUGGGAGAGUUGCCAUCUAGCCAGGAGUUGGGAGGAGUUCCUCUUAACCUCUGGUCUCCCCUUCACGGGGACUGUCAGAACCCACCUCUUGGUCACAGGCAGUCCCAGGGAUAGUUUCUGCCUCUUGGCUCUGGACAGUCCAGCCCUUCGGACCCUAUUUCCCUGCAAGGCCCCAACGCUUGCUACUCUUACCUUUGCCAGCAAGGAGGGCUGAGCUUUCACUAAGUGUAUCAAAGUAAUUUAAUGAAGCUGCAAUGACUGUGGACAAUGCUACAAAUAAACUGUUGCUUGUGCAUGGA